AUCUCAGCUAACAAAACAUACUAUUGAUCACUGAGUGGAUCUAAUUUGUACCCCACGGCACAAAGUUGUCGUCCUAUAGAGAAGUAUGACCCGUUUGUCUACUCGGCUACGUCAUCUAGUUUGACAUUUGCGGCACACGUAUGCACCAGGCCUAGAUUGGAUCACACUUGUGUCAGAACAUGGCGGCUUUGCUGAGAAAAGGACGGCAAUGUUGGUGUGGUGUCCGAGGGCUGGCGUCUUUCCAUAGACAGGGCGUCACAGCAGUCACCGACCUCCCUGAGAAGGACACUGAGACGAGACUGCACGACAAUACAAAAGCCGCACCAACUACUGCACUCGAUAAAAGUCAGUUCAACGUCCGAGUGGUCACCAAACACAUCGAGGUUCAGUCUACAGCUGACCGCACCCCUCUGACAGACGACAGGCCGCUCGUGCUGCUCUUCGCAUGGCUGUACGCCAGCAGGAAAGUGUUGAACAAGCAUCGCGCCUUGUACCACCGGCGGGGCUACGACGUUCUGACGGUGAAGGGAGACCCUCGGUACGCCUUCUCACCGACGGGGUUUGGAAAGAAGAUCGCCGUAGACGCUCUGAAGUUCCUGAAGACAGAGGCCAAUCCGAAACAACCGUACAUCGUUCACAGCGUGUCUGUUGGGUUCGCUCCGUACGCAAUGAUGCUGGAGCACGCGCGAGAAAAUACAGAAUAUGGCGAGAUUCCAGGCAGAGUCGUGAGUCAGGUGUUUGAUGGUGUGAUCGGGGACACGAAAGGGGCGGCAAUCGGAGUCGGGAAGUCCCUCAAAAAUCCUGUGGGGAAACUCCUGUACACUGCCGGGGUGUGGAGCUACUUCACUUACAUACCAGGAGUGCAGAAAUCACACGAUUUCACCCGCUUAAAUUGGGAAACAAACCUCCCGAAGUCGCCGAUUUUGCUGUACGGUUGUCAUAACGACCCGAUGUCCACCAAAGAGUACAACGAACGCUGCGUCGAGGGUUGGCGGCGGCAGGGCCACUACGUCCGGCUGCAGUUCUGGGAAGACUCCGUCCACUCCAACCACAUGAGGCUGCACAGAGACGAGUACGUCCGCGCCUUAGACAACUACCUGGAUACUUUAGAACUGUGAAUUUGGUCCUGAACUAAUUCUAUUAGCUUGGAAAAUACCGGGAAAACAAGGUUAUUUAGAUAAUGAAGGUAUAUAAAACCACAACCAGCGUUUCAAAUACGAAACGAGACUGCUCAAAGACGAACACGUCAAUGCCUUGGAUAACUGCAUACUUACGAACUGUAAAUACAGUCUUUAACAAACCUACACACGGUGUAUGUGCGACUAUACUCAAACCAUAGUAAUAUAAUAAAUAGUAAUAACCACGCAUGUGUAAGGGCGAGCUGGCCAUUGUGGCCUUUAGGUUAGUUUUCCCAUUGACCAAAGAAUCCUGUUAUAUAGUAACCAUCUCCCUACUGUAGCCGUCUUCUUUAAUACCAUUGAGUUGUCACUGUAGUGAUGUUUGACUUACUUCUGGCAAAUCCACUGUUAGUACUGCUAGUUUUAAUGGUUGACGAGGUCGAAGGCUUUAAGAAAACAUUUCGAACGGUAAUUAGUUAAAGAACUACAAGACUACAAUUAGUCUAACAGCUUUAGUCUCCAAGCAGAUCCACGGUAACGUACAGGCAGUAGCUAAAUUUUAUUGACUGAAACAGUCUCCUUUGGCCAAGCAAGCACCGUUCAGUGCCACCAUAUGGAGCUUGCUCAGCCAAUUGAGAUUGUUUCGGUACAUAGAUACUGCCUGUCCGCCACCCAGGAUCUGCUUGAAGAUUAUAAAAACUCAACAAGACAGAGAUUGAGAGAAGGAACAAUAUUAAUGCACUUGAAAAGGCGACACCUUGUGGUAGUUUUACGCAUAUCAGGCUUGUCGCACAAAUAUUGUAUUGCUCCAGCCUUUAAAGACAGCAUAUUGUUCUCAAACCUAGCAUGCUGUGUGAGUUUUUACGGGCCGGAUACAUUGCGUUUCCUUUUGAGCAAAUGUUAGUAUUUGUGAUAAUGUUUGAAAUAAAUGAUUGCUGAAUGCUGAUUUAAUCAGUCAA